CCGAAGGGGCAGUCCGUCAGAAGUACAUGCAAAGACGUAGAACCGCCGUCCAAGCUCACCAAGCCGUCGUCUGUUCAAAGUAUGGGUAUGUGAUGGUUAUAAAGCAAGAGAUAUAACGUUCGUGGGUAUCAGCGUAGGAAUCGUGAAAUGUUGUCCUGCUCGAUGUAAUCGUGGUUGCGUGAAGUUUGCCGGCAUGGUACCGAGAAGGGCUAAGAAAACGAUUGUGAAGACACGUAGGUGAAACAAGAAAAUCCAGAUGUGUCGAAUAUGUUUCGACUAUCACCGCGAUUCUACUCGUGGUGACAUUUAUGGUACAUGCCGCCUAUCGCCUAAGCGACAGCUGCGGUGGGGACUACGGGCUGUACAGCAGCAGCGACGGGAAUGGGGACGCCGUCACCGUUCACCUCAGCCUGGGUGCAAUCGCGAGAGAUGUGGCCAGUCUCGCCGCAACGAUAGCAGGUCUUGCCAGCGGUGUUGAGCGGGCCGCCGUUAGGGGCAGUGCAGUCACGCGAGAUGUGACCUGGGACGUAGCACUUCAUGGCCUGAGCCUGGCAGUCGCGAGCGAAAUGGUUUGGUCCGCCGCACUUGUAGCAAGUGGCAGGGCGGGCGCCUCCAGCGAAUCCGCCCCUGAAGCCGCCGAAGCCGCCACGAGGAGCACCGGCUCCGCGUCCCAUUCCUGGGUUAGGGCAGUUGCGGGCAAGAUGACCGUUGAGGCCACAGCUGUAGCAGCGUCCGCUGGUGCCAGCUCCGCUCAGGCGCAGAGUCGGGCAGUCGGCCUGUACGUGUCCGAGGCCCUGGCAGUGGUAGCACUGCUUGGCUGUCCGCUUGUCAGUCUUUUAUUCCUCUCUGGCGUUCGAGACAGCCCCUCCAAGCACAGAUCGUAGAAUGCUCGUGCCGCAUGAGGGGCGCAGAUGUGUUAUGACGUACUCUCGGUCGUGCGGGGGUGUGGGCAUCCAUUAGACUCGUGGCCUGGCUGCUUGCCUACAUCAAAGUCAGUAUGCGCUUUCAGGCGUAGUUCGCGGGCUG